UCUACUGUGAAGCCACGGGUACUCACCGAAAAAAAACCCUAACACCGAUCGCUUCAUCGCCCUCCAUCCUUCCGCAUCCACUCGCAAUUCGCAAACCCUAACCCUAACCAUCUCAUCAUUCUGACAACCCACGACCAUGAGAAAACGCCUACCUUGUUCACUCUCUCUCUUUCUCAUCUUCUGUGCCCUAACAUUCCCCUCGAUCCCACUUCUAUCCUCUGCUCAAACCCUCGGCCUUGACGCCUUCCUCUCCGAUCAGCUCCUACGAGACCCUCUCGCCAGUAACGAUUCAUUUCCUCUCCUCACCUCCUCCCUCAAGAAAUCCCUCUCUCUCAUCUCCAUUUCCAAACCAAAAUUCCUAAUCUCCCACCUUCUCUCUUUCCAAAUCUCCGUCCCAGUGCGCGUCAAGCUCGUCGGGCGAUUCUCUUCCGCCGCUCCAUCCAUCCUCCACUCCUUCGUCACGGCCGCGCUCUCCUCGUCUCGAUUCCAGGUCGUCGGUGCAAACCCUCACCACCUUGCUGUUUCCCACUCGCUCAAUCUCGAUCCCUCUCUCGCCUCCCUCGAAUCCGACAUCUCCGAAGCCAUUCGCUCCCAUGUCGAAUCCUCUCCGGCGCCGCUCCACCGCGGCGCUCUGUUCCCAAUUCCUCACUCCGUCGUCGACACCAUAAUCCGCCGUGAUUUCCAAAAGGAGGAAUCUAACUCCGCCCCAGGAAUCUACAUCUAUUUGCUGUAUAUGGACCAGCAGUCAAGGCGGUACGCGUACUCCUACGACGCCAUGGAUUCUUCCCCUGCGUUCUCCAAGUGUUUGGGAACGAUCUGGACCGGGCAGGAACGAUACCUCUGGAUUGACCUAGCCGCCGGGCCGGUGGAUUACGGCCCCGCACUUUCCGGUGAAGGAUUGCUCCCCAGAGGUGAGUUUCAUCCCCUCGCUUCUCUUCAUAAGAACCCUAGAUCCGAAAAAGCCCUGCUCGCAGAUCUCGCCUCUCUGGUUCUCGGUGCCUAUCAGUCCCUUCUGGUUCCCUCUUUAAGAAUUCCUGUUUUUCUGGAGAACAAGUUGAUUAUCCAGUUAAUUCAUAUCCAAGGUUCUGAUAAUGGCGAUCCAAAUGGCCUCGACUUUACUUUCAUUGAGAAAACACUCAGGGAGAGUGAUUUAUCGUUCAAAAACCAACUUUUGACGAUGAGCUCAUACUCUGUGAAGUAUUCAGAAUGCAAAAUAUGCUCAUUUGCCAUCGCCAAAUCCAUGAACUCUUACACAUCAAGAUUCCUUUUUGAGAACUAUACUUUGAUCGUCAGUGAGUAUUUGGACUCCAAGCAUCUACACAGCCUCCUAUCAGAUUCAGCGGAUGAGAUUCAUAGAGAAGCAGGUAUUUCUGAUGAAGAAUAUGGGAAUAUCCUUCCUGUAUACAUCUUCGAUUUGGAUCAUGACAAGCUCAUCUUACUCGAUCGUUUUCACCAAGCUGUCGCCUUCAAGGAUAUGGUGAUCGCUGUGAGGACUAAGAGCUCACAGACUGUGAGCGAUUAUAGUUGCAAUGGAAGGCAUGUAAUCACUCAUACUCGGAGUUUGAAUCGUCCGAUUAUUGGUUCUGUUCUUCAGAGUAUGUGGGGGGUGGCUCCAACUCACCUUUCAUGGAGUCCAGAGCACAAUAACACUCUUGUAGACUACACAUGGAGUGUUGGGCAGACUCCAUUUGGGCCUUUCUCAGAGCUUUCUUCCCUGUCUUUUGUUCAAAAAGAUGCAGCUAGAAGAAAUGUUCUUCUUGUUAGUCUGAAUUAUACUAUCACCAGCGCCAUUGAUUUAUUGGAGUCUUUGGAAGCUCAUGGAGGUGACAGGAAGGUUCUUAAGGAUAAUAGGUAUGUGCAAUUUGUGCAGAGAUGGAAUUUACUCAAAUAUAAGCUGGACAAGGUUGUUUCUGCAAUGUCUCAACUUGAUUAUGAGAAGGCUUUGUAUUUCUGGAGGUCUUCGGAUCAUGAUCUUUUCACUCUUCAUACUUUGAUUUAUGAGGCGACUCGGCAGCUUGAGGCUUCGUUGGUUUGUUUCGAAGACCCGCCAUUACCAUGGGCUUCCGCCUCUGUUGUUGGAGUGUUUUUGUUUGGAUUAUUGUAUGUUUAUGCUAAGAGAGAUAAGAUUUUUAGGAACAAGAGGAAACAAUUUUGAUCAGUGUUUUUUAGUUGUAUGAUCAGUUUGGGAGCUUCUCCUGUUUUCUUCAGCUUUCAGGAGAUGAUGGAAGAUGAUGUAGUUUCAGAGAAAUAAUGGAGUAUCAGAUGUUAGAGAAAAAAACUGAAGAUUUUUUAAAGCUCAUGCGGUUUUGACAAAGCCCUGGACAAAGAAAAAGAAGAAAAUAAAAGAGAGGGAGCUAGGGAGAGAGAGAAAAAAAUUUGUGAGGUAUUGU